AUGGCUGCUGCCGGUCGCGCGCUCUCGUACGAGCACGGACUUGGCUGCUGCGAGGGACUUGGGUACCUGGCCGGCGACGCUACUACUGUACCCUCAGCUGCUACGACCAAGGCCUGGCAGCAACGCGAGACAACCAACAGGGGGUGGUGGGGCCUAUGGCACCCCUUUGGCACCCUCUGCCACCCUUUGCAGCCCGCAGCCUCUGCCGCUCAUUCGCUGCCUGAGGUGCCCAUUCCCCUCCCCCAGGCGCGACUCUGCCUCAGCGUGCGCGUCUUUUCUGCCUCUUGGUCACCUCACCUCACCACACCAUCGAUUCUCCGGGACCCGUCUGCACUGCACUGCACUGCGCCUGCGCUGCGACUGAGUGAGCACCCCUCCAUCCGGACGUCUGCCGCGCACCAGCAGCAAGCCCAAGCAAGCCCCGACUUGCCUGCAGGUGCCUCCCAGUCCCUCCUACGGUACCUCCCACCCAACUAA